GAGCUCUGGAGAUCACAUGUGAAGGCGUGGACGGCUGAGAUCGCAGCAGAUGCACCUCCCACCAAGUCAGCGGAGAUGUACACGAUUGCAAUGUUGUUGGCAUUGGAACUGGUUAUUGGAGAUGAGUCACAACAGGUGUUUUCCAGGGCUUUGGCGUGGGUUACAUUGGUUAUGAUAUGGGGGUCCAUGAGAUGUGAUGAUGUUCAGUGUGCUUUGCCCCACAGGACAACACUUUCGAACUACGGGCUGCGCAUGGUGUUGGGAAAGUCGAAGACUUCUGGUCCUGACAAGGUGCAGAAGGAGGUAUCAGUGCAUGUGUUCAGAACAGUGUCAUUGACAGGUAUUGAUUGGUUGGGGAUUGGCUAUCGCUUGCGGAAGCAGACCCCUUUAAUUUCGCAGGGAUUACUUUGUCAUGGAACCUUCUUCAGAUUGGAGUUCUACCAAGAGACGGCUUGUCUCACCUUCAGGGUUGGCUUCUUUGAUUGGCAAGCUUUUGAGCGAUUUGCCUGUUCCACGAAGAGUCAUAGCCCCAGGAACUUUCUGACUUCAGUGGCUGCUGCAAUUGGAUUCCACAGGGAUCAACGGGCGUACUUGGGACGUUGGGCUAUGGGUAUGGUUGCCAGUGAAGAGGAUGAGGCCAUUGAGCGCCUUUGCAAAGCUGCAGAGAAUGCUGGGGCAAACCCCAACCGGAUCAGGAAGAGACAUGCUGUGACUUCAUCGCUGACUGGCAAGUCUUGUCUUGGGGGCACAUACCCCACUCUGGACGUGACGCCAGAAGAUUGGUUCGAGGUGGAUGGGAAUGAAGUUGAUGAAUCAACUUUGGCAUCCAGCAUCAUAGAUCAGAAGUCGAAGCACGAGGCUGCUGAGAAGCAGCCGUCCAAGUUCUUUGUCACCAUCUCACGGCGCACAUCGUUUCGGCGGCUCCACCUCACAGGUUGUUUUGUCAAGCCUUCAAACUGCACUGAAGUUCGGAUGUUGCACAAUGUUGACAACGAUGACUUUGAUUCAAUUUGCAGGGCAUGUAAGCGCAAGAUGCUUCUUGAAAAUGGUAAAGAGGAGAACCCUGAGUCUAGCUCAACGGCGUCUUCCUCUUCGACUGCCAGCGUGGAGGAUUAA